AAGCUGUCAUUAAUAUCAGAUAAUGCAGUUUAUUGUGCUGAGGCCAGCAGUCAAACUGGUCACGCGAGCAAUUUCGCAAUAUAUUCGUGAUGUCAUUCAUAUUUUUCAUGCUAGUUCAUUAAUGCGAGCAGGUUUGUGAUAAUGAAUGACUCGAGACUGAACUCUCCAGUAUAAUCAUCUCGAUGACACUCGCGAUGCGGACAUCAUCCGAAAGCAACGACGCUUAUAUCGACCGAGCAGAGUACAGCUGAUGCUCCUCGUGUAUUGAUCACCGAUCGAUUAUUGGCAGUAAUAGCGCUCGCGGGCUUGUUUUCUCAUCAUGCUUCAGUUAGGAGACGAGCUCACGCUGUUCUCUGUCGUCUUCGUCGCGGUUCUGCUGGGAACCCGGAGCGCCGUCUGGCCCACGGUGCUCACGGCCUCUCUCUACCUCUUUCUGGCGAUGUUCCGGUUCCCGCAGGCCCCCUCCAGCCGGGCCAGACAGGUGCUUCGGCCCGCGUCCGGAGCGUCGUCGAGCGGCGCGUCUGCGGUGGCGCACCGCGGUGGAGGACACGACGCCCCCGAGAACACCAUCGCUGCUAUCCGGGCGGCGAGUGAGAAUGGAGCCACGGGUGUGGAGCUGGACCUGGAGUUCACGGCUGAUGGGGUUCCCGUACUGAUGCACGAUGAAACCGUGGACCGAACCACAAACGGGUCGGGACCACUGAGCAAGAUGCUCUUCUCUGAACUGCGCAAAUUGGACGCAGCGGCCAAACACAGAUUCAGUGACCGUUUCCGAGGUGAGAAGGUUCCAACGCUGCAGGAGGCUGUAGAGGAAUGCAUCAAGCGCCAGUUGACCAUUUACUUUGACGUCAAAGGUCAUCCAGAUGAGGCAGCUGCAGCACUGAAAGAAUUAUUCCGGAAGUAUCCAGUGCUCUACAACACAAGCAUCGUCUGCUCAUUUGAGCCCAAAGUCAUCUAUAGGAUGCGGCAGGCGGAUCCUAAUGUGGUGACCGCAUUGACCCAUCGGCCGUGGAGUCUGAGUCGGUUUGGCGAUGGGACGCCACGGUUCUCAUCUGCGUGGAAACACCACUGGAUGCAGGUGUUGGAUGUGCUCCUGGAUUGGGCCCAUCAUCACCUGCUGUGGAACCUGUGUGGAGUUUCUGCCUUCCUGGUGCAGAAGAACUUCGUCUCGCCGGACUAUGUGCAGUACUGGGCAGCCCGAGGUGUAGAGGUGGUGGGCUGGACGGUGAACACGGCUGUGGAGAAGCAGUACUACCAGCAACUACUGAAGAUCAACUACAUCACCGACAGUCUCGUAGAGGACUGUGACCCUCACUACUGAAACACCACACUGUACAAUCACUGGUUUAGGCCUUUUAUAAUUCAAGCAACUAAACUGUUGUGCUUCACUCAAAAUAUUGAAUUGUGUGUCUGUUAUGAAUUGCUCUGAUUUAGGCAGCAUGCUGUAGAGACAUUCUUUCUUUUGUGGAGACGAUGCUUUCAUUGUGCGAAAUUUAUAAUACGGGAGAUGUAAAUAUUAGUGUUCGAAUGUACUGUACACACCCACUCAGGUGAGCCAAUUUGACAAUAUAGAUAUCAUGCCAUCAAUUUAUUUCCAUUUUAAUGGCAGAAAGACAUUUUUGAGGAAAGUAAGGGGAAUUUAUUCAGUAAACCUGCUACUUUUUUACUGCUACUUCUGCAGAAACAGAGCACUGGAAAAAUUGCUUAGCUACAAACUAUUUAGGCUAAUGUACAGUUUUUCUUUCAUUCAUGAAAUUAGUUGUUUAUUCCUUGCUCUUUCAUGUUUAAAAGUCUGGUAUUGAUAGCUAAUGAACAGGUCACAUGUAAAACAACAUUCUGUAGUUACACCUACUUUAAGAGGGGUCAAGAAAUGUACAAGCAAUAGGUCUUGAUCUGAGGUAAGAUCCCAGGCAGCUAUCAAACGCCAACCUUACGUUGGAUACAUAAAUACUAAUUCAGGAUUACUUCAAAAAGUGGCAUGUUAAUGUUUUCUCUGGUGGUAAUACUUAAAAAAACUAUUAAAUUCUUAACUAACA